AUGUGCUUCGUGCUGCUGUGCAUAGCCCUAGAUGUUCCUCAUUUGUUUUCCUUGUUUCGUCAUCUCUACGUGACGAUGCUUACUAACGACUGGAUAUCCUUCUCCCUUAGUCACGGAGGAAUCGAUAUUUGCGACGGUUUGCCUUCGUCGAUCUGGAAGUGGAAAGAAGAGUUAUUCUUUGUUGAUGUCUCGCCGUUUACCAACCGUAUGCAAUUUGAUAGUUUGGUGGACCAAGAUUCUGGCCCUGCCCCUGAUUUGAGCAUUACGGAGCACGACAUCAUCCAGGGCCGGCCCUAG